GCCGGGAGGUUAUUCUAACCAGUAGAGACUGCUCCGCCGCUUCGAGGUGGACGCGCGCCAAAUUUUCAACUUGAACCAUCUCCGACGGGGAUGAUAUCGCGCGUUGAAACGAAUCGAGACAUCCGGUUCGCGGGAUUGAUCAUGAACACAUUUUUCAAGGAGGCGCGCACCAGUUGAAUCGGAGCGUUUCGUUGCCGCACAUUUUUCAUUGUCGGACCAGGUGACAAAGCGGUUUUUCUCCCGCUGCUAUUUAGCUCCGCAAUCCGCGUCUGUGACUUCCGCUUCCAAUGGCAAAUCAUCGCUCCUAGUUUUCUCAAUGGACUUUCCUCGCUUCUGACUUUUCCAUGCGUUCGAAAAAGUGCGCUUACGAGGAGACCAGAGACCAGAGCGCUUAGGCGACCGGCUCCGAGGAUGAUCGUCAGCUGCCUCAUCAUAGCCGGUGCAGCCGUCGUGGUCUCGUCAGCAGGUGGCCACGGAUUCGACGCUCAUCUACGAGGACCGAGUAUAAUCGUGGAGCCGCCGUCUCGCGUCGAGUUUUCAAACUCGAGCGGCGCCUGGCUCGACUGCACAGCUUCCGGGAGUCCUCCUCCAAACAUUGACUGGUGGACCGCCGACGGUCAUCCGGUUGGUGACGUUCCCGGCGUUAGAAGGGUACACAGAAAUGGCACCCUCGUUUUACUUCCGUUUCCACCCCCUGCCUUUCGACAGGACGUCCAUAGCGCCUCUUACAGAUGUGUCGCUAGCAACAGUGUCGGCAAAGUCCUCAGUCGUGACGUUCAAGUCAGAGCUGUGGUGGCACAGUCGUACAAGCCCGAGGUUGAAGUAAUGAGAGGGGUUUCGAGAGGGUGUACAGCGGUCCUGCGUUGCGUGGUGCCCAGUCACGCGAAGGAUCUCGUGCGAGUAGUUUCCUGGCUGCAAGAGCCCUCUUUUCACAUAUAUCCGUCGCUUCAAGGAGAUGGAAAAUUUCACCUUCUUCCAUCGGGGGAACUUCUGGUUCACAGCCUUGAAUUCAGCGAUCAGUUCCUAAGUUACAGGUGCAGAACGAUGCACCGAUUAACGAGACAGGUCGUUGUCAGUUCACCUGCAAACAUAAGGAUAGAAGACCACAGAGGCGUGAUACAGCCAGAAAUAUUGGAGCAUUCGGGAGUCGUGCAUGUGGCGCAAGACGAAUCGACGUCGCUGGUCUGCGUGGCGAAGGCGUGUCCAACGCCAGAAUACAGAUGGUACGCUCAAACCGGAGCCGAGGCCAUGCUCGUCCAACCAGGACCCAGGACCAGAUUACUCGGACCCGUUUUAUCCAUCGAAGCUGUCACUCUUGAUGACAGCGGAAUUUAUCGGUGCUCGGCUUCCAACAUCGGCGGGGAAACGAGUGCGGAUAUCAGAUUGAUCGUGACGGCGCCCCUCCACGUGGAAAUAACUCCGCCCUUGUUGAGCGUGCAUCUCGGUGGAAACGCGGAGUUUUACUGCGUAAUAGGAACCCAUACGCAGGCUGGGCCCCACUUCAUCACGUGGUACAAGGACGGCAGACAGCUUCCAGGCUCGGGGAGACAAUCCGACGUCCUCAGACUGAACGGCAUCGGUCGCGAAGAUCGCGGAAUGUAUCAGUGCAUCGUUAGGAGGGCUGAGGGUGAUUCGGCCCAGGCUUCGGCUGAACUUCAAUUGGGCGACGCACCGCCCGUUCUUCUGUACUCCUUCAUCGAACAAACUCUCCAGCCAGGGCCAGCGGUCUCGUUGAAAUGUUCAGCAGCUGGAAAUCCCACCCCUCAAGUCACCUGGGCACUCGAUGGUUUCCCAUUACCAACCAUCACGAGAUUCGUCAUUGGGCAAUACGUGACGGUGCACGGUGACGUGAUAUCGCACGUGAACAUCAGCCAAGUGAUGGUGGAAGACGGCGGAGAAUAUUCGUGCACGGCUGAGAAUCGAGCUGGCAAAGUGACGCACGCGGCACGUUUGAACGUCUACGGGCUCCCGUACAUUCGUUUCAUUCCAAAAGUGACGGCGGUAGCGGGCGAGACGCUGCGUCUGAAGUGUCCAGUGGCAGGAUAUCCGAUCGAGGAGAUCAAGUGGGAACGCACAGGCCGGGAGCUGCCGGACAAUAUUAGGCAGAAAGUAAUGCCCGAUGGGACGUUGGUCGUGUCGAGCGUUCAGAAGGACGGAGACACCGGAACGUACACUUGCUGGGCGCGGAACAAGCAAGGGCACAGCGCCCGGAGAUCGGGCGAUGUGACAGUGAUCGUACCCCCUAUAAUUGAGCCAUUUACCUUCCAAGAGGGACUGUCAGAGGGGAUGCGGACGCGGACGGUGUGCGGGGUCGCGGCGGGUGAUCCACCCCUUACGAUAUCCUGGUUAAAGGACGGUCAUAGUCUCGUUCCUCUCUCCCCGAAAUUGGCAACUGCCACUAACGUAUCCCAGCUGGAUUCCUACUCGAGUCUCCUGAGUAUAACGAAUCUUACGGCCGAGCAUUCGGGCGACUUUACCUGCGUCGCCGCGAACCCCGCCGCCGAGGUCAGGUACACGGCCAAGCUACAGGUAAAAGUGCCACCGCAUUGGGUCGUCGAACCGAAAGACGUGAGCGUCGAGAGAAACCGUCACGUCGCUCUCCAUUGUCAGGCCGAGGGUGUGCCCGCCCCCGUAAUCGUAUGGAAAAAGGCUACCGCAGGCAGUAAAUCCGGUGAGUACGAGGAAUUGCGAGAACGUGCACACACCAAACUCUUGAGCAACGGUACGCUCGUACUGCAACACGUUAAAGAGGACAGAGAAGGCUUUUAUCUCUGCCAGGCAAGCAACGGAAUUAGCACUGGAAUCGGCAAAGUUGUUCAACUCAAAGUCAAUUCUUCUCCGUACUUUGCUCCUGCGGCUCGUCCUGUGACCGUCAAGAAGGGCGACACAGCGACCCUUCACUGCGAAGUUCACGGUGAUAAACCAAUCACUGUGACGUGGCUCAAGAGUGGGAAAAUGGAGCUGAAUCCAUCGACCAAUUAUAGGGUGACAGUGAAGCAGGAAGUGACUCCUGACGGCGUGGUUGCUCAGCUACAAAUUUCGUCUUCCGAAGCCCCGGACAGCGGAGCUUAUUUUUGUCGAGCGAGUAAUCUUUACGGGAGGGACCAACAGCUCGUCCAGCUUCUCGUUCAAGAACCGCCGCAGCCUCCGAACAAUCUCGAAACUGCGAUGGUCGCUCCGAGGAGUAUCAACGUCAAAUGGCAGCAUAAAUCGCAAGACACGAGUGAGGUCACGAAGUACAUUCUUCAGUACAAAGAGGGCGAUGGUGGAAUGUGGCAACAGCAAGAAUUGAGCGGACCGCCGCUCCCAUACGCAGCUCUCAUUGACGAGCUGAAGCCAGCAACGAAAUACACGAUAAGAGUGAUCGCCGAGGGGCCGGCCGGCAGGUCAGCAUCUUCGGCUGACCUGGUGGUCAGAACCGAACCGGAAAGACCGGCCGGGCCGCCGAUAAAUAUAGCGGCGAGGCCACUGUCCCAUUCGGAAAUUUUGGUUACUUGGUCGCCUCCCCUGCCGGAACUACGUCACGGAGAGGUGCAAGGAUUCAACGUGGGCUACAGGGAAUCAACUUCCGGUAACUCGCCGUUCAAUUUCACUUCGGUCAUCGGAGAUGGCGAAGAAGGGGGUGGCGAACUCCGAUUGACGGGUCUACGACCUUACACGAGAUACACGAUCGUCGUGCAGGCUUACAAUCAAGUUGGAUCGGGCCCUCUCUCGGAACAACUUCCCACACAAACUCUCGAGGAUGUCCCGAGCAGACCACCGGAAGACGUUCGUUGCGCUGCUCUGACCUCGCAAUCCCUUCAAGUAUCUUGGCAACCACCCCCGAGUGCAUACACCAACGGAAUAAUUCAGGGAUACAAAUUGAAUUACGAGCCCGUUUUGACCGACGUGUGGCGGGGAAUCGAUGAAAUGGAAGUCCGGAAAACGAGUGUCUUAACGAUAGUUCUGUCAGGGCUGCGACGAUACACGAACUACAGUAUCCAAGUGGUAGCUUAUACCAGGGUGGGUGAUGGUGUACCAACGAGAACAACCUUUUGCCACACCGACGAAGACGUGCCGGGGAGUCCAGCAGACAUAAAAGUCGUAGUCAGUUCACCUCAAGCCCUUUUCAUAUCAUGGUUGCCGCCAUUGGAGCCAAACGGCAUUAUAACAAAGUACAAUUUGUACACAAGGAUCGUGGAUGGUCGCGAGGAAUUGAAUCACGGUAAAAGAAUGUUGCCGGCGACCAACACAUUCUUCGAAGCUUCGGAUCUCCAGCAGAGAGUCGAGUACCAGUUUUGGGUUACUGGGAGCACGAGGAUCGGUGAAGGACAAAGUUCUCGAGUGGCGGCCGAACUACCGACCAAUCGAGUGCCAGCGAGAAUCACUUCGUUCGGUGGACACAUCGUCAGGCCCUGGCGAGGUUCGGUCACUUUGGCGUGCAACGCCGUCGGUGACCCAACCAGGGAAUGGUACAAAGGCAACUCCGAACAGUUGCACACCGACUCAGGGCGGAAUAUCCAAGUCCUGCAGACCGGAGAACUCGUCCUGGCGAGCCUUCAGACUCAAGACGGCGGAAAUUAUACUUGCCAGGUUGAAAAUGCCCAGGGAAGCGACAGGCUGCACUACAGUCUCACGGUUCAGGUGCCCCCGAAAGCCCCGGUUCUCUACGUCACUAGUUCAACAUCGAGUAGCAUUCUCCUGCACUGGAAACCUGACUACAAUGGCGGUGCACCAUUGACUGGGUACACUCUGCACUAUCGUACGAGCCAGGGAAGCCUUCACGAGCUCCAACUUCCACGACGGGCGACCAACCACGAGCUGAAGGGCUUACUCUGUGGUAACAUGUACCACUUGUACUUGACAUCCCACAACAAAAUCGGUAGCAGCCCGAAUUCCCCUGUACUUUCUGUGCGGACGCAAGGUUUGCCACCCGGAAUACCCCCGUCAGCGACUUUCCUGGCGCCAAAUUCAACGACCCUUGCACUUCGACUCCACGCUUGGCCGGACAACGGAUGUCCAAUUGAUGAUUUUGUCAUUCAGUACAGACCUAUAAACGAAUUUCACUGGACUCUCGUCUCAAACAGCGUGAAAAUGGCUCGACGUUUCGUCGUCACGAAUCUUUCACCGAGCACUGUCUAUCAGCUGAAAGUCGAGGCUCACAAUGUCGCUGGUAGCAAUCACGCGGAGUUCACAUUCGUCACUUUGACCAAAGAUGGCGAACCGCCACCUCCGGAAUUGUCGGAACGAGGAAUCGCGACUGCCCUUCCAUUUUACGCCGACGUCAAAGUAAUGCUGCCACUAAUGAUAGCGGCUUUUGCGUUGUUGGCAGCCGUCGCGACUGUGGUUGUUCGUUGGAAAACUCGUCAUUUGGGGGACCGAGUGCAGCGGCCAAUGAAGGAGACCCAGGAGAAUCAGCAGAACGCGGAAACUCAGAGGGAACGCUAUUACGCGACUAUCCACAAGGUCGCUCUUCAGCAGGCUGCGAACGCGAGCGGUACAGACAAGAUUCCAGAGACGGCGGAGGACAUCUCUCCGUACGCUACGUUCCAGCUUUCGGAGGGGGGCGGGGGAAGCCUGGCAGGAUUGGGCGCUCUGGGCGGACUGGGAGGCGCGGCGGAAGCUUCAACCGCCGGGCUCCACUCGAACAACACUCUUCUUCACAGCUUCAUGUAUCACGAGCACGCGAUGACAGAAGGAUGCGCGAGUCCGCCACCUGCAGCGACGAGUAUGAAGAGUGUGUCGUCGCGGAGACGCCAACAGAGGAAGCAGCAGACUCCGGGCGAUGUGGACAGUGACGAGAGCGAGUCUGACCCGGACCAGCUGACCCGCUCUCGGACGGAGUCAUCGAAUCAACUGGACGCUGGCAAGUUGAAGCACAUUCGGGCAGUUUCAGAUUUCUUCUACCAUCCUACGUCCAGCACUUCCUCGGACAUUUCCCCGAUGUGCGAGCAGAAAUCACUGACACGGAGGGCACGUUCUAGAUGGCACGUACCGAGCAGAACUUCACUGCGGUGGCCACCGAUGUCCGUAGCAGAGACCGCAUUUGGUGGUCAGUCAAACGUCAUGUCGCGUCCGGGUGGGGAAAGAGGAGAUCGGCCGGAACUCAGUGAGGCCGAAUGUGACAUCGACUCGUUGAAGAAGCCAAAGCUGGGUCAGAGAGCAUCGACGCUUUGGUCCAAGCCCGGCUCUCAAAACAAUCCAUCUUCGGAUUAUUCGAUCGCCGUUUAAUCAAGCCCGUCAAGUCUAGCGCUGCUUAAACGAUAGCAAAAGAAAAACAUAAGAAAAUAAUAAGGCGGCGCAACACUGAGAUAUCUCGAGCUCGUUCAACGAGGCUUUUCGGUUCCCUCGGUUUGCUGCAUCGAUUCAAGAGUUCCUCCAAUCUCUUCUGCCAUCACCGGACAUUUAACUUACCAUCACCCCCCCCCCCCUUCUUUCACUCUCUUCUUUGUCUCUUCAGCUACCUCCGAUGGUCAGACUGAUCAAAUGUUUGUCUACUACUAAUAUACACUCGAGAUAACUGCCUACGACCAAGCCGCAUUAUCGCCGAUUACCGCGACAGCUCAAACGACGAGAAUAAACUUCCUGCAUUCUCUGUCGAUGAACGUAUUACCAUCGACAGUGAAUCUUCCGAACCUCACUGCCAACACGUUGGAGAACGUGAAUUUUUUAGUUUUUAUUAUUCAUGCAGUAAUCCGAGACAACGAUACCAGCGUAUUUCAUCUUCUACGAGAUAGAGCCAUUGAAAUUGGGGCUUUUGUGACCAGGGGAGAGGAGGAGGUGACGAAAGCCGAAGGUGCGCGUACCAGUGCGUGCGAACACGUGCGUAUACUAUACUGUGCGUUUUAUGGAUGUGGUAUAUUAAAAAAAUAAAAAUAAAAAUAACGUGUGGAUGCGUGCCAAACGACAAAUUGCUCAGACCGCUUCGACGAAGAAUAAGAUAAAAGAGAAGAGACGAAAAAAAUGUAUUAUCAUCUCUACAAUCUCGUCCGUAAGCGGACGACCCAUCCGAGACCAAAGACUUUAUUCCAUAUUAUUCGUAUGAGAUUCUAUGCGGGAUAAAUAAUCGAAAGAUUAUAUGAAAUGGUGCAUUCUCAGCGUCCAAGCGAAUUAAUCACUGCGCUGAUGAAGAAAUAUAACGAAAAGAGCCCUCGAAUUGGCUUUGAGAUGAUUAAAACCAAAUGAAAUUUGAAAAUAAAUUUAAAUCAAUGAUACACGGGACUAAAUACGAAUUAUCCGAAAUAGAAUUAAUGGAAAAUUCGAUUUUACCCCCUGUCUCUGUUCCGUAUAAACACGAAUAAAAUUCUAAACGUUGGGCUCCGUUGCAUUGUAAAGUUUAUGGAUAUACGUACGAAUUACACGUUGAUUAUUUUAAGUCCGUUAUUAUAAUAAUCCUAAAGAAAUGAAGACUUGUUAAGUAGGCUUCGCGCCAAAGGUCGGUCGAGCCAGAACGACCAUCUAGUGUACGACAUUCGGAUCACAAGUUUUCCAAAAAAAACGUCUAAUUUCACUCCCUUCCUCCAACGACUAGUCAACAGGCUCGAUUCUACUGGAGAAUUCAAUGAAAUGUUCGAUUUGACAGCUGUCAAAACUCCUGAGACAAACCGCUUCAAUUUUACUCCAAAUAUUCAUUUUUUACUGACUCCACGAAGGCCCUAUUUCGUAAAACUUAAUAAAACUGCCCUCAGAACUUGUGUACGAAAAAAAAAAAAAAACAUGAUCGAAAUCUCGAACCGACCGAAACGGGAGCUUCCUUAAAUCGGGGCCUGAAAGAGGGGAGAAUAAAGCGAACGUGAGGCUGAUCCACGUGAAGAAGAAUUUAUUGAAUGUGUUCAAGAGGCGAGAUUGAGUCGAUUGUACAUUUUUUAAUAGCAUCUCCCCUCUUUCGUACGAACAUGCCUCUGAACUCGAGUUGCAAAAAACUGGCCUCUCGAUCUAUUGCAGCAUAAUGCGUAUGUACAUUUAUAUAUAUACGUGGGUGUCUUUACAAAAUCGUGCUCACGUGUAUAUACAUUUGUACAUACGUAUAAAACAGUGUAUAUAUUAUUACAUGUAAUACAAUAUCGAAAGAAAAAGCACGUCAAUCAAACUCAAUUACUUUAGGUGAAUGUAUUAUGAUGCCGAAUAAAAGUGAGUCAAUCUUUCGAGCUGGAAUUAUAAAAUCGUUUAUUUCCAAGAGGGAAAUACGUCGGUCACUACAUUUUUGUAAAUUUCUUCGUUCAUCCUCCUCGUUAUACCACAAUUUUUUUCAAUUCUUACACACCCACACUUACAGAUGUACAAAAAAAUAUUUAUACGAAAAUCGGUGUAUUCGUACAUGAAUAUUCGUGGUUUGACACUUUCGGUCUUGCACUUCUCUUCAUCUACGAUUUACUUGAAAUCUGACUGUUCAGAAAACAGACAAAAUUUUCCAGUCGACAGUGACGUUGAUUCGGAUUCGAUGGAGUAUCUCUACUUUUCUUUUAUCAAAUACAUAAAACAAAAGAUUUUUUGAAAAUACGAAAUUUCGAGUGUAUCGAGGUUGCGCUAAAAUUGCCAACUCGAUCUUCGCAGUACGUUAGUCGAAAAUGCAUUUUUUCAUUAAAAAAUACGAAUUUUUAAUGUUUCUUUGAAAAAAAAAACACUUUUUUUGCAAUGAACGAACGAAUAUUUUUUGUACCUCCAUAAACGUCGUAUCGAACAUGUAGAAAACGAGAAACCCGGCGUUUUCUGUGGCGAAAACAAUCGAAUCAUGAAAAAAGUGCAAUGAAAACUCGGACUUUUGUCGUCCCUUCGUUUUUUGCCCACAGGAUUAAGAUUUGUUUUUUUUUUGUAUACUACAUACGAGUAUAGAUAUGAAAAUAAGUAUUAUUUGUUAUCGAUGCCUCAAAUAGACCGGUGAAGUUACCAGACUUGUGAGAUUACUCAGGCUUGAGAGGUGAGUUGGCCUGGGAAUACUAAUCAAACAAACGAUAAUCAACGUCCGUUCUAAUGUAAAGAAAACAAAUAAAAAAUUAAAUAAAAACAAACCAAAAGCGAUUGCGUAGCGUGAUACGAAUGUUCAGUUGACGAGUGCGUUUCUUGGGUACGAACUCCUGCGUAAAGAAGUGAUCGAAAAAUAAGUUAAUCAAACACACACAUACACACACACACAGACAGUAUGAAGAAUGAAAAAAAAUUUGAACUGUAUGAGGUGAAAUAAUGUCAUUCAAUGGGCAUUGCGUCGGUUCCAGAAUCGAUCAAUAAAUUGAUAUCGUGUAAGACCA